CGAUGUCCCGGAGACCCAAUCCUGUAGAGGAGAGGCGGGCCUUCUCGUGGGUAGCUCUUGGAGCCAGUGGGCGUCUCCGCGGCCGGGCUCCGGCCCCGCCCCUAGACUGUGCUCUAGGUUCCCGGUGUCCAGUCUCUGGAAAGGUGGGUCACCUGCAGGCUGGCGCUGGCUUCUAAGCUGCCUCAGAACUUGGCGUCGCAGGUGGCUACUGGAGCUGACACCCAACACUGCGGUGGACCUGCGUGUCCCCUUGCUGCAGCCUCGCCAGGCCGAGCUGGCUGGGCCGCCGCGGAACCGCAUUCCCUACCCCUAACCACGUUGUGGCCGCGCUGUGGCCUUGGCUCUGCUUCGCUCUGAGGUACUGGAUCAGGUCGGUGUCUGCCAGAUGCGGGAGAGUUGGUGCGAGCUACCCGCAAGAUAUCUUAAACUUUCCCUGGGGAUUCCUCUACCAGCCUGUUAGAUCGUGUUGUGAAUUUCGCCAGAUACCAAAAUAAAAUACUCCUUCCAGUGCCCUUCUGGGACGUUAUGACUUUUCUCCUUAAAAACUGACGAAAAGACCAGGAACUAUCUUGUCUUCAGAGUCUGGGAUAAAGACUAGCAGAUGAUAAAAGUAUGUCUUUGUGGCCCUUCCCUAACACUUCCAAGGAGCUUCAUUCCUAACAUUUUUCUAGCCAUCAGAUUUCUCCAGAGCAAUGACCCAGAAGACGUAAUCAGUUCGUGAUUAGAGUGACAUUGUUCCCAGAGCCCCCAAGAUGGCAGCUAAAAUGGAAAUAACUUUGAGUAACCCCACUGAGGAUUCUGACAAGCAAGAGAGACACAUAAUAAUGAAGCUGGAAGAAAAACGCACCCCCACUCAGCGAAAAGCCAGUCCUGAUCCGGAGCUUUCUCGACAGAGCUUCAGACACUUUUGUUAUCAAGAAGUGUCUGGGCCCCAGGAAGCGCUCUCCUGCCUUCGACAGCUCUGCAGACAGUGGCUGCGGCCUGAACUACACACUAAAGAGCAGAUUUUGGAGCUCUUGGUGAUGGAGCAGUUUCUGGUCAUCCUACCUCCAGAGAUCCAGGCACAGGUCUGGCAUCGAUAUCCAAAGAGCAGCAGGGAGAUUGUGACCCUGGUGGAAGAUUUGCACACAGCGUCUAAAAAACCAAAGCAGUGGGUGACCGUUUGUAUGCAAGGGCAGAAGGUGCUCCUGGAGAAAACAGGAGCUCAGCUUAUAGAACAAGAACUUCGAGACUUUCAACCCCAGACUCCUAGCAGAGAUAUUCAAGAGAACUCUCUGGAAGAGCCUUCCUGGGAAAGAUCUCAUGAGCAGCUGAGUCCCCACCACUGGGAGAAGUCUCUCCUCCAGGAACCAGCCCUCAGAUUGACUGAGACAGGUGUCAAGCUCAUGCCGCUGCCUCGCCUGCCUGCCCCCAGCCCAGUUUUCCUUUGCAUGGGGCUCACCUGCCGACAACUGAUGGCAUAAGGGUCCGAUGGCACGGAAGGCUCUUGGGUACUGUAUUCAGAUGCAGCCGUUCCCUCAUCUCCUUCCCCCAUUCAUGCUUCACCAGAGCCUCUGCACAGAGUCUUGACCUAGUCCCCUGUGGCCAGCGUCCUUUUGCUGGACCCCAACAUAAGAAAAUCACCUUUCACAUCAGCUUGCCUCCUGCCCAUCCCAUUGGCUCUGCCAUAUUUCUGGGUCCUGCUUAGCACAUACUGGUGUCAGCUUAGGGGUUAUUCCUGCUUUCGGUGUUUGAUCCCUGAGUUAGCCCCAGGGAGACCCAAGGAGAAAGGAAACGUUGACAGGUAGUGGAGGUCUAUGCACCAAAAGAGCGUUGUUUCCUAUCCAGCAGGUAAGUGUAAACCAAUCCCACAAUACAACUGUCUCUCCCAAUAAAAUUGGCAGAGUCUCCUCACAGUGCCAAAGACUGUUCAAUUUUCCCUCCAACUGUUCCCAAAACUGAAAUGUCUCUUUUUAUUGCUUCAUUGAAGUAUUACAUGCACCAGAAAACUUGUGCAUUUAUAGUACACAGUUCAGUGGUUACUAUACAGUAUUUAAAGCUGUGCCUCUGUCACCACAGUCUUGUUUCAGGAUAUUGUCAGUGUCACAGAGAAGUACCCUUAAACACUGGUAGUCAUUGCCUGCUCCUGUCACAGCUUAUGCCACUGGAGACAGUAUCUUCUGUGCACAUCAUGUCACAUGUCAGUGUUUCGCUCCCUCGUUGUGUAGGAAGGGGCCUUCAUUCCAUCCAUUGGUUGAUGGAAUUGUAUAAUUGCACCCUGGCUACUAUGAAUAGAGUAGUGCCUGUGAACACUGUAUUCAAGUCUUUGUAUUUCACUCCUCACAGGUACAUGUCUUGAGGUUGGGCAAAGGUCUUCGCUAGGUCAUAUGAUAAUUUUUAAAACUUUUCUAGGAAACAUCAAACAGUUUUCCAGAGUGGCUAUGCUACACUUUUCAUUUUGACCAGCAGUGUACGAGUGUUCGUUUCUCCACACCUUCAACAAAACUUACUAUUGUCUCGUUACAGAUUUUAGCUUUCUGAGGCAGGCUCUUGUGUCUGGCAUAGGACUCAUAGUCCUAGCUGAUGAUCCUCCUGCCUCCACCUCCUGGGAUCAGGACUACAGGCAUGUGUCACUUUAUCCAGUUUUGUGGAAUCUGUCUUUGUGGUCGCUGCUAUCACAGUCCCAGUAAAGUGGUCUCCCAUGACCUCGAUUCUCUUCUCUGAUGACUAGUGUAUUUGUUUCUUGUCUUUAUAUUUGCUUUGAAGAAAUGGCUAUUUAAAACUCCCCUGCCCUCUGGUGUUUUGAGACAGAUCUUGCUGUGUAGCCCUGGCUGGCCUAGAACUCACCACAUAGAACAGGCUGGCCAUGAAUUUGAGAUAAUCCUCCUACCUUUGUUUGCCAAGUUCUUUGAUCUUUGUGGUUUUCGAUCUGGAAUCUUGCUCUAUAGCUUAGGCUGGCCAGGCUGGUCAGGCUUGCAGGCUUCCUGGGGCUGCAGAUGUGAGCCACCAGGACUAUCUCUGUGGCCCUUUUAAAACAGACUGUCGUUUUUAUUGCUGGGGUUGUAAGAAUUCUUUAAAUAUUCUGGGAUGAAGUCCUUAUGAGAUACGACUUGAAAACAGUUUCUCCCAUUCUUUUGUAAUACAUUCUUGUGUAAUUGUUGGUUUUCUUUUUGCAGUGGGGGUUGAUACAAUCUCCUGCAUAACUCAGGCUAGCCUCAAACUUGCAAUCCUCCUGUCUUAACCAGUGGAAUGCUGGGAUUGCUCAUGUACACCCAUGCCCAGCAGACCACGUGUGUAAUGAAAACAGCUGUCACUUGUCAAAAUGCAAGGGACCAAAUUCUCAGUUCCCAAACUGCCAGUAAAAAACAGCCGGACAUCCCCGUGAAUUAACAGUGAAAGUAAAGAGCACAAUUUACACCAGUUCCUGCAAACCCCUGGGACCACAUCACCUGCAGACUUCCCUACCCCUGUCGUGCAUGGUUCAUGGUUCCUAUGGGAAGUUUAAAUAUCUAUUAAAAUAGUCCUCCUGACUAGUCUUUGGAACAAACAUUUUCCUACCGAAAUAAAGGUGGUGUUGGUUACAAGCAACAGAUGUUGGUAAGUACUAGACACACAAGACAUCUUUUUCCACAUCGUGGGGACUGAGCGCAUCUAAUGCAGUAGACUUAGGAGACUAUUUUUCUGUUGCUGUACUAUUUUAGGGAAAAAACCCCACAAAUUUUCAGAAUCCACAUGCUCUAGACUACAUCAAAUAGCCAGCCAAUUAACAGCAGGUCUGGGUUCCAGAUUGUUGCUGUCUCUUAGUUUACUAAUUGGGUCUCUGGUUGGGGUGGGUUGAUGGGGUCUUACUGUUGCCUGGGCUGGCCCCAAAUCUUGGACUUAAGCAAUCCUCCUGCCUCAGCCUCCCGAGUUUCUGGGACAAGAAAACACUUGACAUGGUUACUGUUUUAUCUUUCUUGGGUUUCUGUCUUAGUUACUGUUCUACCUCUGUGAGGAGAUACCAUGACCAAGGCAAUUUUAAAAAGAAAGCGUUUAACUGGGGCUUUGCUUAGGGUCAGAGGGUUAGGCCAUUUCCAUCAUGGUGGGAAGCAUGGAGCAGAUAGGCAGGCAUGGUCUGGAGCAGGAGCUCAGAGUUCACAUCUAAGGUAGCAGGGGUGGGGUGGAGUUGAAUUGGGUGGUGGGUAGUGGGUGGUGGUGGUGUGGGCUUUUGAAACAUCAAAGCCCACCGACACCUUCACAAAGCCACACUUCCUAAUCCUUCCUGAACAGUCUACCAAACAAACACCAAACAUUCAAAUAUAUGAGUCUCUGGGUGUCAAACUGUCACAGAUUUUUAGACAGUCUUACCUUUCCUUUUGUGACAUGUGGUUUCAAUGCAUAAAAAAUAGUGCCUGAACUGAGUACCUAGCCUAGCAAUGAAUGAAGCCCUAAGGUCAGUCUCUAACUGAGCAACGUGUGUCCCCUGGACAUAUGCACAGUUUGCAUGGAAGAAAUUGGUAUACUGAACUGAAAAUCCACAUGUAGCCAGAUAGCAUGGCUAGAGACGUAACAGAAAUGGUUCCACUGAAGACUUUAGCCACUAUCCCGAGGACAAGAGAAAGUCAGUAGAAAGUGUCUGAAUGGUGACAUAAUCAGACCGUACCUGUUUUACUUAACUGGAUGGAUAAAGUUUAGUUACUGUUGGAUAAAGGUAAAGACAAUUAAGUAGAGAAGCAAGUUUGGGAAAUAUUUGGGUUUUUUGUUUUUUUUUGUUUUUUGUUUUUUGUUUUUUGUUUUUGUUUUUGUUUUGUUUUGUUUUGUUUUGUUUUGGUUUGGCUUUAGUUUUGUAAUGCUAGGACCCAUACAGGGCCUCCCAGAUACUAAACAGGUACUUUUUCACUGAGUUAUAUCCCCAGCAUGUUUAAGAAAUAUUAUAUCACUCACAGAAAGUCAUGGAAGAAUGGAUGAGGAGUUCGGACAGGGUAGAUAAGAGAUUGGUUUCUCGUAUUCCUAGACGUGGAGAAGUCCAAGACUCGUGAACUGGCAGACCCCGUAUCUGCAAAGGACCUUUAAUAGUUAGGGCCAUCUUGAUGGGUCCUCAUAUGGUAGGAAGUGCUGGCUGGUUCUCUGAAGUCUCUUUUAUAAGGUAACUAAACAAGGGCCCACAUUCAUGACUCUUCCAAAGUCCCCCGCCUUCUAACACUAUCCUCUGGGAGCUAGGAUUUUGCGUAUGAAUUUGGGGAGGCAUUGCAAUCACAGUGAGAGGGAAGAGAAGGAGGUGUGAUCGUGUGGAUAGAGUACCAUGUCCUGGAGGCAAACAGAGGAUAAACGCAUGCAGUUUUGGAUAGGUAUUUGGAUUUUUCAAAAACGUUCAAAACCGUUUACUUAAGGAAAGUCAAGAACACACAAACCGGAAGCACUUUAGAUAAAAGAAUGCUCCAAGGAACCAGCUGUGCUUCCAGACUCAGCUACUCUGGAGGGGUACGCGGGCUAUCAAGACUGCUUGAGCACAUAUGGCAAUAGUUAGUCUGGGCAACAUAUAGAGACAAUCUCAAAGCUAACCAGGCAGAAGAGCACACCAGCGUGGUGGUUUCUUCCGGCCCAGCACUGGUCAGCGCUUCCCAGCAUACUAUAGAAAUAAAGGUCUUUGUAGCCUCAACAUCUUACUCUCGCACACUCAGACGCAGUCCUGAGUAACCUCAGGGCAGAUGUCUUCUGUCCUUAGCCCAGUUUCUGCUGAGACCUUAAAGGUGUGGGCUGGCCAUGGGGCAGACCACACCUAUCUCACCAAACUGUACCGCUAGAUGUCCAGCCCCAACAGCUAGAGCAGUGCACAUGCGCUGAUGGACGGGAACACCGGAAGUGACCUCAACUUCCGGCUUCCUGACCGGCUAGCGGAGCAAAUGGCAUCUGGUAGGCAUUAGCGCCAUCCUGUAUGCUUGGUGGCUGCUUGGCCAGUCCAUGAUUGCUCUGAAGCCAGGGGAAACCGUAAGGUACAACUAUUUACCAUAUUUCUUCCCAACUGAAUCUGUCUAUUUGACAACAGUGGCCCAGAGAAGCCAGCAGUACCUUUCCCGUACUGCUACCGUGCAGCUAAGACUGUGGAAGGUGGGCAGACAUCUAGUGCAGUCUUGGAAUAAUGCUGGAAUUUUAUACUGAAUUCCGAGAAACAGGAUGCGUUAUUUCCUUUCUUAUGUGAAGUAUAUUCAUUCAUUCUUUCAUAUUCUCUAAACUAUUAUCCAACCAGUUGUUUCAAAUUUACCUUUCUGCAACAGAAAAUCCUUUAAGUAUAUAUUUUAAAAGACCUGCUGUCAUCACAACAUAACAUUUAUUGGAUGAUAAAUUGCACAUUAGAUGCACAGAUUCACAGUUGAGCUAAGACCGAAGAGAAUGCAUCAAAAAACAGUAAAGCUGAAACAUUAAACAGAAGUGCAUACAGAAAAUUAAUUAGGCAUCAAAAUAACUAGACAUGGCAGAAUAUUCUUAGGUUUAUAUAAAUGAACAUGUUGUAUCUUCUUGUCUUCUCAAUUUGAAGAGACAAAACACCUGUAGUUAGGCAGGUCUUGGAAAGAUAGGUAAUUUUAUAUCACAUAAAUAGUUCUAAUAUACAAGACUAAACCAGUUAAAUAUACACUUAAAAACAUCUGUACCUUCGGUCCCCAGC